UCUCUUCUCGGCACUUCCCCCAAAUGGUCCAUGCCUUUUUUUGUCGCGUGCCACCAUUUGGCCACCCCCUUUCCCCUUCCGCGAAACAACCCUAUCCUCCACCACAUAAUCUCUGGCUUACCCUAUAAAUUAUCACUCCAACCUCUCUUGUAGUUUUCCCCUUGUAUAACUAAAGCUAAGCACCUUCACCACAUUCUUUAUCCUCCCCCCUCCUCUUCUUCUUAGUCCCUCUGGCUCCAUAGUGAUCCACAUCCCUCCUCUUUUGGAGAUGGAGAGGUUAAGUGUCCAUCAAAAGAGCAGCAAGCAAGCCAAGGCCAAGAAGAAGCCCAUCAAGGUGGUGUACAUCUCCAACCCCAUGAAGAUCAAGACAAGCGCCGCCGAGUUCCGCAACCUCGUCCAGGAGCUCACCGGCCAGGACUCCCCCGUCGCCAACUUGUCCAAGUCCCCCUACGUCGAGGAUACCGGCGAUCCCCCUCCGCUCCCUGAGCCUAGCUCUGGGGCCACCAGCACCCCCGGACCGAACCCUGUCAUGAACCAGAGCUCAGAUCCAUGCCAUAAUGCGUUUAGGAGUCCUUCGAGUACUCCAUAUGAGAUGAUCGAUGAGGCCUUCGAUCCACAAAUGCUUGAGAAUAUUCCGGGGUUCUUGCUCGCCGCUUUACCAUGAGCCCCAGGGUCAUGG